AUGGCACUCAACCCGCACAAGAACAACAAAGUCGACAUCAGCCAGCUGACGGAAGAAGAACAGAAGCUCUUCCGCCUCUACGGCAAGCUCCCCAACCGCAAAGGCCUCCUGCAGAACAAACUCAAGGAGCGCAAGUACUUCGACAGUGGCGACUAUGCCAUGAGUAAAGCAGGGAAAGAUGACGUCGGACUGGUCGGAGGGCUGGGGAGGGAACAUCCGUCCCCCGACACGAUCCCACACCUAGCAGCCCAGCAAUCGCAGCCCGGCUCCUCCAGCCAGCCUGUCAGCAACUCAACACCCUCGCUGCAUCCCACGCCCAGCCAAGGUAUGUCCGGGUCGCCGGUCAAGGAGCCUUCGAUCCUGCAGCGCGGGACCAGCGUAGAUGAGCAAGCCCCAGAACGGGUGGUCUCUGAGAUCGAGAAAGCGGUUGAGGCUAAAGGGGUGCCGAUAAGGCAGUAA